AUGAAUAUCUUGGUUACUGGUGCUACUGGAAAUUUCGGAAGAGAUGUAUUUGACAUCAUUGCCAAAAGAGGUAUCAAUCAUUCAAAUAUCUCUGCUUUGGUAAGAGAUGAAGCCAAAGGACAACAAUUCACCUCCAGAGGUUUCGGAAUUAAAAUCGGUGACUACAAUAACUAUGAAUCUUUGGUCACCGCAUUUACUGGUGUGGACAAACUUUUAUUUGUCUCUAGUAAUGACGUUGAGAAGAGAGCGAUUCAACACCAAGAUGUGUGCAGAGCUGCCAAGGCUGCCGGUGUGAAAUAUAUGGUCUACACCAGCUUCGUCAGAAAGACAGAAGAUGGAAGCUCACCGGUUGCUUUUAUCGAAAAGGCACACUCUCAAACCGAGCAAUUCCUCAGAGAAUCGGGAAUCAAUCAUACCAUCUUGGUCAAUGGUCUGUACACUGACAUGCUCACAGAGUACUUCAUCGGCCCAAAGGUUCUAGAUAUGGGAAUGAUUUUCUAUCCAACAGGUGAAGGUCUUGCCAACUACAUCUCCCGAAAAGAAUUGGCAGAGGUUGCUGUAAACGUUGUCUUGGAUACCACUGACCAACAUUUGAACAAGGAUUACAGACUGUACAAUACCGAUCAAUGUACUAUGGCAGACAUUGCGAGAUAUCUUAGUGAGUCCUUUGGUAAGAACAUUGCUCACAUCUCACCAGACGAAGCGACCUUUGUUGCCCAAUUGGAAAAGAUUGGUCUUCCAGCACCAUUAAUCCAAGUAUCCUAUGCCUUUGCCUGUGCCAUCAGAGUAGGUGAGUUCCAAUCAAAUACAUCCGAUAUCACCCAACUUUUAGGUAGAACUCCAACCACCAUCAGAGAUUUCAUUGUAAACUAUUACAAGAAUUUGGCAUAA